UUGUUUACUGGAUCACACACACACACACACACUCAGGAGCAACAUGAAGCUCACCUGGACGCUCACACCGGCUCUCCUGCUGCUGCUGGUCAGACCCUCUGAUGCCAAGGUCCAGGAGGAGAAUCCGGAGUUCUGGAGGUCUCAGGCCCGGAGGACUUUGCAGUCGGCGCUGGACAGAAAGCUGAACACCAACGUGGCGAAGAACAUCCUCUUCUUCCUCGGAGACGGUAUGGGAAUCACAACCUACACGGGGGCCCGUAUCCUCAAGGGACAGCUGGAGAACCAGACAGGAGAGGAGACGGUGAUGACCAUGGACACCUUCCCCAACGUGGGACUGGCUAAGACCUACAGCGUGGACUUCCAGAUCCCGGACAGCGCGGCCACGGCCACGGCGUACCUGUGCGGCGUGAAGACCAACCUCAACGUGGUCGGCGUGUGUGUGUGUGUGCAGGUGAUCAUCGGUGGUGGGAGGAAGUACAUGACCCCUCGGGGCUCUAAGGACCCGGAGUACCCCAGGGACUACUUCUCCAGGGGCCAAAGAAAAGAUGGCCGCCACCUGAUCAAUGAGUGGCAGAGCAUGAAACCUGGAAAGGUAGCUCACUACGUGUGGAAUAAAACGGAUUUUGACGCCGUCGACCCUGAAACAACGGACUACCUCAUGGCUCUGUUUGAACCCGGCGAUAUGCACUUCGAGGCGGAGAGGGACCCCGACAUGGACCCGUCCAUCGUGGAGACCACGGAGAAGGCCAUCCGCAUCCUCCAGAAGAACCCGAAAGGCUUCUUCCUGCUGGUGGAGGGCGGGCGGAUCGACCAGGCGCACCACGCCGGCCGGGCCUCCAUGGCGCUCCACGAGACGGUCGCCUUCGACUACGCCAUCGCCAAGGGCCUCGAACUCACCGAGGAGCACGAGACCCUCACCGUGGUGAUGGCGGACCACUCCCACCCCGUCACCUUCAACGGAUACCCCUUCAGAGGGCAGAGCAUUCUGGGUAAGUCUCCCCUGUGGGCCUCGGACCUCCUCCCUUACACCACCCUGAUGUACGGCACCGGGCCGGGCUACCGGACCUCCAACGGCACGCGGCCCGACCUCCGCCACGUGGACACCAAGGCCGGAGACUACGUCCAGCAGGCCGCGGUGCCCAUGGCGUCGGCCACGCACAGCGGCGAGGACGUGGCGGUGCUGGCCCGCGGGCCCAUGGCGCACCUCUUCCAGGGCGUCAACGAGCAGAACUUCGUGGCCCACGCCAUGGCCUACGCCGCCUGUGUGGGCGCCGACCGCCGGCACUGCCAGGGCCCCACCGAGGCCAACGGGGUCACCGGGGCCGCGGCCAGGGCGGCCGGCGGCGGUGCGCUCGCCGUGCUCGCCGCGCUGCUCGCACUCAGAGUGUUCAUGUGAGGAUGACCUUUCAGCCCCCUGUGAACCCUGUGGAUCCACCGAGAGGUCAGAGGUCACGGAGGCGGAGUCGAUCAAAUUAGGUGUUAAAACAGAGGAUCUGAUAACUAAUAGACACUUUUUUGAUUUUAAUUUAAUCUAAUGUAAUAUAAUCAAUAAAGACAAUAAGGCAGUC